GCCUGUGGUCAUCAUUUUAAACUGUGUGCGUAAGGCAGUUAUCAAACAAGAGGACCAUAACAAAUCAAGACAUGUUAUUCUCAGGGCGGAACUUUCUGAAGCAGAGAAACAACAGUUUGAGGAGAAACAGAUUGAGAUCAGUAGAAGCUACAGCAAUGAACACAAACAGUUUCAUGGCUUUAACAUAAUGCGAGAAAAUUUUAGUGGAGAUUAUGUUAAAGAAACAUGUGCCUUUUUAGAUGUCAGGAAAAAAAGAAGGCCUAAAAAAUCCCAGCUUCUUUCAUUCUUAUCACUGGUGAAUGCCUACGUCCCUGGAUCCCACCUUCUGGAGUCUCAAUGUCAGGCAUUCCUGGGGCCUCCAGAUCCCAUUUAUGGAGGCCCUUCCUUUGAGCAGCGAAUGGAGCCUUUCACUCAUCUGAUAGUGACAUUCCCUUCACAACAGGGACAAGACAAACAUGUCCGCAUGGCUCACCCACUGAUUGCACAGCAGUGUGUUGAGUUACUGGCUACAGCAGGUGUGACCAGGAGUGAUACAGCAAGGAACUUUCUGACAGACUUUUGUGGAGAAGAGGUGCAGCAACAUUUGAUGCCUGUCAUCAAAGACAUGCUAACUAAGAGGGAAAUCACUGUGGAUGUUAAGCAGAGUGCAGAAUGGAAACGAGACAUGUUAACGAAAGGGGAAAUGAGAGAAGAAAGGAAAGGCAAGUUUUCCAGGUUGAUUCAAGAUAUUGAAAAUACUGAAGGCAAAGAAUCCAAAAGCAUGUGUGUAUCUGUUUUACAACUAGCUUCAGAGAAAUUCAAGCAAAACCCAUUCUUUCCUAAAGCUCUUGCUCGUUUCUUUUACAUUGAGACAAGAGCCUAUUCUAAAGCGGAGAAGUGGGCAAAAAUAGCAAAAGACAGAGAUCCCAACAAUUCAUUUGUUGCUGACACUCUGGGGCAAGUAUACAAGAACCAUUUGAUGAGCAGGAUGAAAGUAGAGCAGAGUUCCUUCAGGGUUCCCAAACAGCUGGGUUCCAUCUCUGCACAAGAAAUUUUGCAACUAUCAACAAUGGCCUUUGAGGCUUUCAAAGAUGAGGAAAGGGCUGCUGAAAAUGAGCAGGGAGCAGAAAUGCAAUACGAUGGUAUGACCAAAGUCUCACACAUCUAUAACAACAGAGGACUAUUUGGUUAUCUACAGGUUGCCAACAUUGUUUUUGACUCACUUGUCUCUCUUGAUAAAAACUGGCAAAAGGUCCUUACCAUGGAAAUAUCCGCUGACUCUUUCUUCAUAUCAAUCGGACAGAAAAAGCUCUUCAAGUACAAGCCACUCAUCAUCAGCCUCAGGGAUGAGGUGGAGAGGAAAUGUGAGUUUUUUGAUGGUUACCUGACUUACUCUAAGCCCAACAUUAAAGAAAAUGAACCGCAUUACUUUCAGACUGAUGUCAAGAACUGCUACCGCAAAUACGUGGGGACAUGUACACCUAUACACUCAGAGUCUGCAAUAGAUGUACCCCUCCAGAAGCUCAAAGAAGAAAUGGCCAUUGCCUUCCCUGGACUGCUUUGCUGUCUUGAUAAGGGCUAUGAUGAAUCUAACUUACGCCGAAUAACAACAUUGUGGGGGAAAUAA